GGGACAGACACCACCCGUUCUGGGAGGGGCGUGGCUGCGCGUGUCUGUCUGUUGCCGGAGGAUAAAAAAGGGAAUAUUAUCUCGCGCGACCGCGCCGUGUCCUCCCCGUGCAGACAGACGUAGCGGACGUCACGGCUCGCUCGCGCCUCUCCUCUUCUUUGUCUGAGCCGCUGGACUCUUUCACGCGCCUCGCCUAGCGCUGACACGCACCAGGCUGCAGGAUGUCGUUCCAAGCCAGGAAAAGCAGCACGAGACCCGCGGGUGACCGCCUGAUUAUUAAAGGAGGAAAGAUUGUCAAUGACGACCAGUCAUUCUAUGCUGACAUCUACGUAGAGGAUGGAACUAUCAAACAGAUAGGGGAGAAGCUGAUAGUACCAAGCGGGGUGAAGACGGUGGAUGCUUAUGGACACAUCGUCAUCCCAGGGGGGAUUGAUGCCAACACCAGCCUCCAUGCUUUACAGAUGGGCAUGAGCCCUGCCGAUGACUUUUACCACGGCACCAAGGCUGCUCUGGCUGGAGGAACCACAAUGAUAAUUGACCAUGUGGUGCCGGAGCCAGGGACUAGUUUACUGACAGCAUACGACCAAUGGAGGGAUGCAGCUGAUAGGAGGGCGUGCUGUGACUACUCGCUGCACAUGGAUAUCACCCGCUGGCAUGAUGGACUAUACGAGGAAGUGGAGAGUUUGGUCAAAGACAAAGGUGUGAACUCCUUCCUUCUCUACAUGGCUUAUAAAGAUAAAUACCAGAGUUCUGAUUCUCAGCUGUAUGAAGCUUUUGGGGUGCUAAGGGAAAUGGGUGCCAUUGCCCAGGUCCACGCUGAGAAUGGUGACAUCAUUGAUGAGGAACAGAAAAAACUUCUAGAACUCUGCAUCACUGGACCUGAAGGACAUGUUUUAUCUCAUCCCGAGGAGGUGGAGACAGAAGCCGUGUACCGAGCGAUAACCAUCGCCAAACAGGCCAACUGUCCUUUAUAUGUAACCAAGGUGAUGAGUAAGUCAGCUGCUGAUCACAUCGCUAAAGCCAGGAGGAAGGGCAUGGUGGUGUAUGGGGAGCCAAUCACAGCCAGCCUGGGGACUGACGGCUCUCACUAUUGGUCAAAAAACUGGGCUGAGGCUGCCGCCUUUGUCAUGAGCCCACCCCUUAACCCUGACCCUUCAACUGCGCAGUACCUGACUUCUCUACUCGCAUGCGGAGAUCUUCAAGUGACUUCCAGUGCUCAGGCCACUUUCUCCACGGCCCAGAAGGCCGUAGGAAAGGACGACUUCACCCUCAUCCCUGAGGGCACCAACGGGGUGGAGGAGAGGAUGACUGUGGUUUGGGACAGAGCCGUGUCUACAGGUAAAAUGGAUGAGAAUGAGUUUGUGGCUGUGACCAGUGCUAAUGCUGCUAAACUCUUCAACAUUUACCCACGUAAAGGACGUAUUGCGGUGGGCUCUGAUGCCGAUAUUGUCAUUUGGAACCCCAAAGAGACACGCACAAUUUCUGCCACGACACACAACCUGACAGUGGAGGUGAAUAUCUUUGAGGGGAUGGAGUGUCGCGGGGCCCCGGUGGUGGUGAUCAGCGGGGGCAGGAUUGUCUUGGAGGAUGGGCAGCUAACCGUGAUGGAAGGUUUUGGACGCUUUGUACCCAGGAAGGCUUUCCCUGACUCCGUCUACAAGAGGAUCAGAGCUCGAAGCAGGAUGGCUGAGGCUCGUGGUGUCCCCCGAGGAAACUAUGAUGGUCCAGUCCAUGAUGUCACCAGCAUGACUAAAUCUGUCCCACCCACGCCCACCACACGAGGGCCACCCUGCCCCAAAACACAAACUGGCCCACGAAAUCUUCACCAAUCAGGGUUCACCCUGGCAGGUACCCAGAUUGAUGACCACAUCCCCCGUCGUUCUGCCCAGAGGAUAGUGGCACCACCUGGUGGAAGAUCCAACAUUACAUCCUUAUCUUAAAACACUGUCUUAAAGCAGCAUCCAGUUACCUUGUCAUUAUAUCAUCCUACCACACCCAGACUGCACC